CAUUCGAGGCCGAGAUCGAGUCGCCCUUUAGACGAAGCGCGGAGUGACCAAUCGAGCGGUUCGGGUCGGUGGGGCUGUCCAGGGACGGUAAACGAGUGCUUUAUCCGCGAUACGUCGUUCUUUUUUUUUUUUCCUUUUGAAGAAAAACCGUCACGAGACUGCGAGAGAUCGGUGUGAGACUCGUGCACCCUUCGGGAACUUCGUUCAGUGGCCACGAAGAGGGAGGGAGGGAGGGAGGGGGGGGACAAGAAACACGAGAAAGGGACAGGGAAUCGAAGGAGAGGUAAAAAAAGGAGCUUAAUGGCUCUCAGGAGAUCCGGAACACAAGGACAGACGUUGCACUCGCGAACGGGGCGCCACGCAAUAAACAUCAUCGCCUUUCGUUCACUCGUCCUGCAUCCACCACCUCUGCGCCUCUGCGUUUUCGGCAAGCAUUCACCGUCGUCAGCUCUGACUCCGUUCUCGUGUCUGUUAUGUGCGAAUGCGAAGAGAGCCGAGUGUUUAUAACUGCACGGUGCUGGCGGCGGUGACGAAGGGAAAGGGAAAGGGUGGACGAGAAAGAGAGAGGGGGAAGAAAUUUGGAAGCGAGAUAAAGAGAGACAGAGGUGCAGAAAGGGAGAGGAAGAAAGAGGACGAAGGAGAAAGAGGGAUACGUAGCUAGAAGAGAGUGUGCGUGCGAGAGUAAGAGGGACAGGGAGAGAGAAAGAGAGAGAGAGAGGGCCAAAGGCUCGUCGGACGGAAUAUUCGAAGCGGUGCGCCACACAUUUUCUACGGAAGGUCGUAUUUAUCGCGGGAACCUUGUUGGUGACAUUAUUUCAAUUAUUGAAGAUUUUGAUACACGUAUAUAUAAUAUAUAUAUAUAUAUAUAUCUAUAUACACACAUAUAUAUAUAUAUCUAUAUAUCGAACCUUCCUUAUAGCGAUCGCUUCCAAUUGAAAGAACAUUACUCGGUUACAACAACGGUGGUCCGGCUAUUUAACUAUCUAUCUACUUAACGUCGAUUUGAAAUUCUGGAUAACCUGAUCGCACAGAAGCUUGAAGUGUCAGCUCGUCGACAGGCGUGACAGCCUCUCGUCGACUGUCUCGUCCAUCCUCUGUCCUCCCUUUCUUGGUAAAUAUCGGCGUCGGUGCACCGUCAUUCGAUUCCGCGAUGUUCACGGGGACAGUGAAGAUCGAAAUAUGCCAGGCAGUCGGGCUAAGGGCGACGGACAAGCAACGAAAGUUUUGGCAAGAUGAGCCUAUACUCGACCCCUAUGUUCAGCUGGACGUCGACGAGAAUCAUCUUGAUCGUUCGUCGACCAAGCCGAAAACGUUCGACCCGGUAUGGAACGAAUGUUUCACCCACGAAGUCCAGGAUGCAGUGACACUUGGGUUGACCGUCUUCCACGACGCGGCACUACCGCCGGAUUACUUCGUCGCCAACUGUAGCAUUCCUUUCGAGGAACUUGUCAGCAGGAAUGACAAGACUGCAGACCUUUGGGUUGAUCUCGAACCUCAAGGAAAGUUAAGAGUCAGAAUUGAUCUAAAGUGGAAUGAUCAAGAUCAACAAUCAGGUUGUGGUACAGGUGAUGGAGAAGGAAUCGGAGGCAGAGGUGGUGGAAGCAUUACUACUGGGAAGGAACCCAGAAGGGAGUUCAAAGAAAGACAGGGUUUCAACCGGCGUAGGGGUGCUAUGCGACGUAAAGUUCAUCAAGCAAAUGGUCACAAGUUUAUGGCUACCUUCCUGAGGCAACCAACUUUCUGUUCUCACUGCCGUGAAUUCAUAUGGGGCUUGGGCAAGCAGGGCUAUCAGUGUCAAGUCUGCACAUGUGUAGUUCACAAAAGAUGUCACAAGCUGGUCAUCACAAAGUGUCCAGGCAUGAGAGACGAGUCAAGUCAAGAUACAGAAAGUCCACGUUUCAGUAUAGAUAUGCCACACCGGUUUGUUGUUCAUAAUUACAAAAGAUUUACGUUUUGUGAUCACUGUGGAUCACUCUUGUAUGGUUUAUUUAGACAAGGCUUACAAUGUGAAGCUUGUAAUAUAAAUGUUCAUAAGAGAUGCCAGAAAAAUGUAGCAAAUAAUUGUGGCAUUAACACUAAGGCUAUGGCUGAGAUUUUAAGUGCAAUGAAUAUAUCACCAGAUAAACAGAUAAAAACUCCAAAAAUUAAUUAUAGAACGACAACUUGUCAGUCUGGUCAAACACCUGCAACAGUAACAGUCACAGACAUAUUACCGACGGACAAUUCACAGCCAAUUCAAAAAACGGAAGAAACACCUCCUAUCGCUACUGAAAACGCAGUACCUGCUAGUGAGAAUGAAGUUAGGAAAUUUGGUAUCGAGGAUUUUAAUUUUAUAAAGGUUCUUGGUAAAGGUAGUUUUGGGAAGGUAAUGUUGGUAGAACGAAAAACCAAUCCUGACGAAGUUUAUGCUGUAAAAAUUUUAAGAAAAGAUGUAAUUAUACAAGAUGACGAUGUGGAUUGCACAAUGACGGAAAAGAGAAUCUUAACAUUGGCAGCGAAACAUCCUUUUCUUACAGCUAUUCACAGUUGUUUUCAAACAAAUGACAGAUUAUUUUUUGUCAUGGAAUACGUGAAUGGAGGUGAUUUAAUGUUCCAUAUCCAAAGAGCACGAAAAUUCGACGAAGCAAGAGCACGCUUUUAUGCGGCAGAAGUUACACUUGCGUUACAAUUUCUUCAUAGGCAUCACAUUAUUUAUCGAGAUCUUAAAUUGGACAAUAUAAUACUCGAUGCGGAAGGUCACUGUAAAUUAGCAGAUUUUGGAAUGUGCAAGGAGGGUAUUAUCGAAGGGAAAACGACUACGACAACAUUUUGCGGUACACCCGAUUACAUUGCGCCUGAAAUUCUUCAAGAAUUACAAUACGGCGCGAGUGUCGAUUGGUGGGCGCUUGGCGUUUUAAUGUACGAAAUGAUGGCUGGUCAGCCACCUUUCGAAGCCGAUAACGAAGACGAUCUAUUUGAAUCCAUUCUACGAGACGACGUCCUUUACCCUAUCUGGAUCUCAAAAGAGGCAGUUUCUAUUUUAAAGGGAUUCAUGACAAAAAAUCCGGCUAAGAGAUUAGGUUGCGUGGUCGCUAACGGCGGUGAGAGUGCUAUAAAGAUCCACCCGUUUUUCCAAGAAAUAGACUGGGAAGCACUUGAAGCAAGAAAAGUGAAACCACCAAUUAGACCAAAAACUAAAAGCAAAAAGGACGUAAUGAAUUUCGAUACGGAGUUCACAAAAGAAGAUCCGGUAUUAACACCAGAAGAUCCGGACGAAGUGAGCUACAUAAACCAAGAGGAAUUCCAAGGCUUCUCCUUUGUCAACAAAGACUUCAACCCUGCCAGGUUUGGAGCACAGUAGGAAGUAAGAAACGAGCAAAUGAAGAGGAUUCAAUGUUAAUAUCAUCUUAAACGCUUCUUGCUUGGAAAAUUGGCAAGCAUGCCAAUCUGCAAAGCUGAACAUCGGCGUUUUGAAGCUGCUCGAGGUCUCCUUUGUAUUUUAUCUCCACCGGGGAUAAUUUUACGUGUCAUUGGAAGCAACGUUCAAGCACUGCACAAAAAAAAAAGUGGUGGAAAUCGACAGGAAAUUGGGAAAACCAGCUAGAAACUUCGGUCUAUUUCAUGUACAAAAAAAAGAAAAAGGUGGUAAUUUUCGUAAAGAAUUUGGUUGCUAACAAGGAAGCGUGAUCUCAAUUCGACAGAAAUGAAAUGCGUUUGAACCUAAGUGUCUUAAGGUUUGGUAAAAUUCUUGAUUUCCUUUGUUUUCUCGAAACAAAGACGAAUGUGAUCUAGAGGAAACGUAAGUGAGAGAUUUCAUUUGUAACGAGUUGACGAGCAGAAGGUUUACUCGCUUCAGAAAUUAAGUAUCGGUUAAGAAGAAAGUUAGUACAAAAGGGCAGAGCAGAAGAAGUCAUUUUCGAUGGCAAAGGAUCGCUGGGCGAUCUAUCGUUUUUCCGUUGAUAUCUUACUCUUGAAAAAGAUUCGAAUCGUAUCGAAUUUUUCAGUCUUAACCGUGUAUUUCGUUUCCUCUUGAAGCUUCUUUCAUAGGACGUCUCUUACUAGAACGUUUUUCAUUAAUGACGGAAAAGAAAGUACACGCACAGGAACAACUAUGAAUCCGCAGGAUACGAAACACAUUGACGUAUCGAUUUUUUUUAUUGAAAUUUAGUUCCAUCAGUGUAUAGAAAAUUUCGUCUGAUUUACAAACUGCUGGUUAAUCUAAGAACUUGUCAAAUUACGUAUACAUUCUUUUUUUUUUUUUUAUCGCCGACGUACUUAUAGACUUAAUUUUCGUUGCGACUCGCGAAAAAUAUUUUUCACUACCGACAGAAACACCGAUAAAAACACCGAUAAAAACACCGACAAAAAAAAAAAAGGAAAAAAAGGAUUGAAAUUAUUCUGAUUAUUACUUAAGUCGAGUUUGUAGGUCUUAGCGUAGUGUAUCAAAUCACUAGUGAUCAAGACUGAAAUAAAAGCUGGGGCUUGACUUUUAGCUGAGCACCAGCUGCAGUAAUUAGUCUGUGUAAAACCUGUGCAUACAUAUAGUAUCAUAUAAAGUAACUUACAUAGAAAAAGAAAUCGAGAAGUUAUGUUCCGAUUCGAGCCGAGAUCUCGCGUCUUCGAACGGUCUAAACUUUUCGUCGAGCUUUAUUCAGAGGAGCAUCUCGCAGCGCUUCUCCGAUAGGAUUUAAAUAAAAGAACAAAGUAAUAAUAAUAAUCAUUAAAAAAGAAAAAAAGAGGGAAGGAGAAAACUAAAGGAAGUUAUGCUCGCCUGGUGAAGAUCGAGCAGGAUACGAUCUGACCAGGUGGACAUGCCAGUUUCAUACUUAACAUAGAAUUUUAAAUCGCAGAUCACAGACGCGACGGUUUCCACUGGUGGUACCGUCAAAGUUAACACAAAAUGAUAUAUAUAUGUACGUACAUGUACACGUAUAAAUUUAACUUAUUUUAACAUACGCCUAAUGUUACAGUGGACAAAACGGAUCUCGUUAUCAGGAACACCGGGGAACGUAUAAAAGUGAUUGAUCUCCGGUGAAAUUCUCUGGUGUUGCUGUGUCUAUCGAGUCUUUCACAAAGUGUUAUAUAGACAAGGCAUAUAUAUAUAUAUAUAUAUAUAUAUAUAUAUAUGUAUGUGCAUAUAUAUGUAUAUGUAUAUAUACACAUACAUACCAUAUAUGCUUUGUAAAGUUACCGCUAAGCGAAUUAAGGAAGUCCACCUAGCGAUAUCGAUGCACUUUCCGGAAUCUUCGUACGUGUUGUCUCUAGUUAGGUGUCUCUUUAAAAGCUUGAAGCAUCAACUGAUGUUGUACUUAAAAUUAGAGAAAGCUGAAAGCUCCUUAGCGUUAAGUGAUGAGACAGAGUCGAGCCUUAUCCGCACCAUAAGAACGCUGAAACGCGAUGAAAGAAAGCGAUAAAGAGAUGAAAGAAAGCGAUAAAGAGACGAAAGAAACCAACCGGAGGGAUUGCUGUAUCGAGUUUUAGUACCGACCUGUUGGCCCUAGCGGCUGAUAAAGGUAAAUUAAAUCCGAGAGAGUACAUUAGGCGAGGGUACGUACAUUUUUUUCGAAGCUUUAAGAAGCGAAACAGAAAAUACUCUAAUAUUUGGGCACGUAGUCCACCGUUUUGUGCCGUCGAGUUUAUACCAAAGAUUUCCGUUCAGAUUCCCCCGUGAAGAGAGAAAAGAAGAGCCUCGCGAGACGAGCCGAAAUGAUUCCCCAUAUCGAUCCGAUUUUCAAUCUUUGGUGUAAACUUCAAUCGUCGUUGAUAGUUUUAACGAGAGGGAAGUUUAAUUGAUAAAUAGUAACGAUAGAUGAUAACAUUAGUUAGUCGAUAAUAUGUUUUAGCGAUUAUAAAUUGACAGAAACCGGGCGAGGACACUGCGGCGAGAUCGUGCAGUAGUGCAAAGCAAAACUAAAAGAAAAAAAAAAAAAAGAAAAAAAUAUAUAUAUAUCUUGGCGUGUGCUGUCUACCAGCGGGCCACUGGACGACAAACACUCAGCCCCAGAUUGUAUUCGAGUGGCUCGCUGGCGCGAUCCAGAUACGCGUUACUCAGUGUCGUGAUCAUUGUCGUCGUGUCAUACUCGUACAUUUUUAUGUCCUCCGUAGAUGUUAGGUUCAUUUGAAAGCAAAAGAGGAAAAAAGAAAAAAGAAGAAAAAAAAAAAAAAGAAAAAUUCAUUGGUCGAGUGCCGCCCUCUACGUGCUUCGAAUCUGUGCAGGACUUGAAAGUAUUGAGAGCCGCGGCACCGAAACCUGCGAUCAAACGACGCGAACAAAACGAUGUCCCAAGCCACGACGCAUCUCGGCACGAUCGUACUAGAAACGGACGACGUACGAGAUGAAUGCAAGUGAGAGUACAAGGAGAAUUCACUUAAUUAGAUAUAAACGUUGAUACGACGUCGCUUUUAUGAAAGCAGCGUUGAACCCGCGGCCAUCGACACGAAAUAAUGAUCGUUCGCAUGUAAAUGUAGCUGAUCGUAUCUUUUUAUAGCUUUUGCUUGCAUAGCAAUAAUUAUUGACCAGUGAAUAAUAGUAUUCUAUAUAGUAGAACCGAUCGACCGAUGAAUCGACGAUGUUCUCCGUGUACUAAAUUCAGAGUGCCGCAUCCUUGUCGUUGGCGUGAUACUUUCGUGAAAAAUGAAAUUUAUCAAAAUACGUAAUACGUAACGAUCAAUUUUUCAAAUUUUUCCAAUUUUCAUUCUCGGUAUCAGAGAGUGAAGUAAAGAAAAGUGGAAGAAAAGAAAGGAAAUAUCCAAUUGACAAGGAUCUGUACUCGGAUUCGUCUGCGUUCGUAUACUUAUCGUAAAAAUCUAGUCAGAACGAGAAAAUACGAGAAAAUACCAAUAAAAUACCAAGAAACUACCAAGAAAAUACCAAGAAAAUACGGUCUGGCUCGAGGUGUAUCGAGCUACGAAGUAGGUUAUAUAUUUUAAAUUCAUGAGAGACGAGUUAGUCCGGCCUACGCUUAAAAGAAAAAAAAAAAAAAAAAGAAAAAAAAGAAAAAAGAAAAAAAAAGACGGUUUCGUGCGUUAUUCGAACAGAAAAUUAUUGCUAUACCGUGUACCUAUCGUUACGUGUAGAAUUGUCGCGUAACAAUUAUUCGUACGUUUAAAAAAAGAAAACAAAAAAAGGAAAAAAAAAAGAAAACGGACACUUUAUCGACGCUAGGCGUAGUAAAGCGCGGUUUCUUUUUUAGUCUUAUAUCCGGUGUGUAUUAGACGAGAGAUUUUUCUGCACCCCGCGUGUCGUAUUGUCGAUAAUCAUAUCGCAGUGCAUCUCUUCUUUUUUUUUUUUUUUUUCGUUGUACGUACGUCGUUUUUGUCAGAACAAUCGAUUCUCGAUGGUCGUUGAAAAUGGCGCGAGUCAGACGAGAGAAUGUAACGAUUGCCGUCCUAAACACAUCGAUACGUCGAGCAAGGUUAAUCGAUUAUCGAGAGGUCCCUUUCGACUUUGCAGUUGUGUAGAAAGUAAGCCCACAUUGGCGAAUUUAUACGUUAAAGUCAUAACGCACGCGGUUAUAAAGUAUCACGAAUUCCGAUCCGUCGAGAUUUGAAAUGAAAAAUAACAUUCGUUGAUGAAAGACCAUUCGUCGAAUAACCAAAGUUGGAACCUCAUCCGUUGCGCGGGAAGGAAACAUGCUCGAGAGAGGAACAAUUUUUCGAAACGUGCAGUUCACUGCUAUUGUUAUUGUUACAACGAUCAUCGAGCUGACAAAGAUGUAAUAUUUUUCCUUUUUUUCUUUUUUUUUUUUUUUUUUUAGAUAUUAUACGCUGUUUCUCGUUAAAGAAAAAACGUGUGACGUUUCGUUUAUAUUCUAUUAUACAUGUUACAUUGUUCCACAGUAUUUACAUUUUAAUUUUUGUACGAAUGUUUUUGGGAUGUUGUGCGCGGCCAGGUCGCGUUAAUAGCUGAAUGUUAAGAUUGCUAGUUAAUUGGCGAAAAGUAUACAUAUAUUUUUGUAGUUUUUAGUUAAGCGCGUCAAUUUUUUUUUUUUUUGCAGACUUUUUUUCUAUUGAAACUUUUAGUCCUUAUACUUUCCUCCCCUCCCCCCGUUCUUUUUAUUUACAGCAAUCGAAUUGGAACGAACCUUCUUUUCUACUUGAUUUCUACAUUUUAUAUGAGUCGUGCGCAUGCGUAAACUUUUCUAAUGAUCGUGCUUCGCAGGAUCUAGCUUCGCAUCACGUGAUGACUCGUUUAUAUUUUUUACCGUCGCGUAACAAGGAAAAUGCAAAAAAGGGAAAAUAUCUUUACGCAUGUAUAUGAAUUACAUGCGUGAUAGAGUUUCGUGUUAUACAAUUUAACGGGUAUGUAAUCAUUAAGAUUAUAAUUUUUUGAUAUGUGCACAUCUUUCGGUUAUCGAAGAGGAACUAUCGUCAUCAAUUCGUGGCGUGUAAGUAAUGUAUUUGCAAAAGUGGUUAGAUUGAAAAACAAGAGGGUGGAAAGGGGAACGAAAUGAACAAAAAAAUCAGAGUACCUUUGUAAAGAGAAGAAAUAAAGUAUAAAGAGAUAAAUAAAUACGUAUAAAUAUACGUAUGCGUAUAUUUAGCAAAGAAAUUUACAGUAGGUAUGUUAAAGGUAAAUCUGGGUGGCGAUACGAUAGUAUCUUAUCAGGCACCGAUCUUCUAACCUAAUCCCAUAAACAAUUUUCGCCGUGAGAUUUUUGUAAUCGCUAGUCAAUCGUGUUAAAAUAAGGUUAGGGAAGGAUGUAAGCAAAAGAAGAAACGAAAAGAAAAAGUUAUGUGUCGUCGAUGAAACGUUCCAAUCGCUUUAUUUUGACGAAUUUCGGCUGCAAUGCGCGCGCACGUGUAUGUCACGUGACGUAUAUUCGUUAAAAAAAAAAAAAAAAAAAAAAAAGAAAAAAAAAGAGGGAAAACGGAGAUUAUAAGCGGAACUAUGUAUUUUUUUGACGGGUCGAAUUAAUGUACGUAAAUAGCGAAUGAAUAUAUUGUAUAUAUAUAUAUAUUAAUAUAUUAAUAUAUACAAUAUAUAUAAUUAAUAUAUACAAUAUAUUAAGUAAAUUAAGAUGAUAAAAGAGAAUUAAAUAUUGUUGCAAUAUAGAGUUUUAAGUAGGGUCAACCGUGGUACCCCUUUCCUUUUUAGAGUAUAAUUUAUAAAUAUACAUAUAUAUAUAUAUAAAAACACACACGCGCGCACGCAAACACACACAGUACAUGAACAAGAAAAAAAAUAGAAAUGUAUAUAUUUAUAAAUAUAUAUAUUUAUAGGUGACAUGACUAAAUAUAUAUAAAUAUGAUAUAUUUAUAAAUAUAUAUAUACGUAUUAGAUAUGGAAUAUUGUACUAAGGGUACGUCAUGUUCAUUAUGUUUUUUUCAGACCUAUGUUAAAAUCCGUCGUUUUUCUUUCCGUUUCAACGAUCUUGGUUUGCUUUUCCGUUUACGGGAACGCGGAACGUUUGCCGCAUCUUUGACGAGGACUUUCGGGAUUUAUUCACGAAAGGAAGACGAAGAAAUUAUAAAAAGAAAAUUAAAAAAGAGAGAAAAAAAAGGGACCAACAUCGCUGAAAACGAACGAACAUCGUGGAUUUUAUCCUAGGUCUGAAAGAUAUCGGAAGAAAAAGCGUACAAAAAAGGACAAACUUAAUAAAAAAAAAAAAAUAUUAAAGAAAAAGAUAUCAAACUAGCUCCUAAAAAGGAUACCAAGAUCAUGAACUCUGUAAUAUCGUAAACUAAAUAUUGCCUGUGCACAGUGUUGAUAAAGAUAUUCUAAAAAAAAAAGAAAAAAGAAAAAAAAUGGAACCAUAAGAUGCUACGAGAAAGCUACGUAUCCGCGAUCAAUCACCGGCUCCUCUUUCGUGUGUGUUAAGCAAUCGUCAUAUCUGAUAUAACUUUGUAAUGAUAGUAAAUAUACUAUUAAUAAUAGAACAUGUAAAAUCGUGUGGACAUAAUUUUAGGUAACGGGGCAGAAUAAAAAUUUUCGUCGGUGAUGCGAGAGAGAGAGACGAGUCUUCUGAUCGUAUCCAGGGAUAGCUAGUAGCAGCUGGUGCGUGUAAUUCGAAUAAAUCGUGAAUAAUUAGUGCUUCGAUCGUAUACCAGCGCUUCGAUAAAAUUUUACUUUACGCACACGUGCAAGCACGAAGCUACUGUACCUACGUGAUACCCACACACUUGUAAAGGUAAUAUUUUUGAAUUCGAUCAAAAGUGUACAUGGUAUUUCAGUUCGCGCGAGGAAAAGCGACGUGAUGUGAAAUUUGCCUUUGCGUUUGAAUCAUUGGUCAUCCGAACAUGUGAUUCGACAGCGUGGAGGCCGAUUUUUAGAUAAAUUCGUUAACUCACAGUGGCUCGAAAUGGUCCGCUUUCACAAACGAACGAGCAGUCAGCCGAGGGCUGGAAACUGAUUUCCGCCUGCUUUCUCAAAAGUUACAUACAUAUAUAAUCGAGAGAGUUUUAGUGUCUGACGAAAGUAGCCGUCCGUAUGAUCGAAAAACAGAAAAACAAAGAAAAAAAAAGAGAAAAAAAAGAAGGAGAAGAAGAAAGAAAGAAAGAAAGAAAGAGGUGAAAAUAAGGAAGAAAUCGAGCGAAUCCGGGAUUCGAGGAUUUCGGUGAGCGAACGAGUAGUAAUCGCUGUGUUAUAAUUGUAUUAAAACAAAUGUGUCGUUGAAUUUUCAUAGCGCAUAUUUAUAUGUAUAUGUUGAUCGUAUCAUUGUCGUUAUCGAUUGUAGAAUUUAUGAAAGCUCUCUGCGUGUGUCUUUCGUUGCUUCAAUCGCUACCACCUUUCUUUCCUUUUCACGUCACUUUCAUACGCCGACCAUUAAAACUCUCUCCUUUCACACUUUAUCGAUAUUUAUGAUCAAACGUUCUUUCUUUUCUUUUCUUUUUUCUUUUUUUUUUUUUUUUUUAUGUCUUUUAUUUUUUUUUGAAAUGUUUUGCUCAGAAUGUAUAUCGUCGUUGUAAAGCUAAGCGUGCGAGCGGUAAUAUGUACAUAAAUGUAAGCGUAUACAAUGAUGCGUCGUACAUUGCGCGAGAAGAAGCAAUUUUCUGAAAAGUGCUUGUUAUCAGACAUUAUCCUUCUGUUCGACAAAGGUAGAUUUUCACCAGCGUAGGAUUAUUAGAAUAAUUAUUAAGUUUCGAUCUUUUGUAAAUAGAAGGAGGAGAGAUACGAAUGCGAAAAAUGCACCGCUUCUUUUUGUACAGUAUUACACGUAUUAUCUCUACGUUGAAAUGUCAAGAAGGGUUGGAAAUGAUUUUCUCCCCGGCUUAAAUUAUCGGUAUCAUAUUACGUAUCAAUGUUUCAGUUUACUUUUCAAUUCGCGCACAAGUGCAGAGAACAAUGCGUUAGAUCGACCAACGCCCAGUGCGAUCCACACAAGCUGUUGUAAACGUACAAUUAGGGAACAAACAUUUAUUUUUUUAUAUGUACCCCAGCUGGUCGUUUCACGCGCGUGAUUGAGGAUCCGAACACCCUCGUAUAGGCCAAAAAGAAAAAAAAAAAAAAAACAAAAAAAAAAACUGUUGUUUCGCGUCGUGUUAUAUCUUCUCGCACAAAGGAAAAACAAAAAACUUCAGCGUCUGUAAAUUUCUCUCGUUAGAGUCUAUAGAAUCCCGGAAUGUACACACAAUUGCAGUCCCAAAGUUAUUAUACGUUUUACAGUAAUGUUGUUGUAAGAAUAGAAAGUCUAAUUAACACGUUGCAAUUAAUACCUUGUGAAAACUGAUGACACACACACACACACACACGUUACCCUUGUUAUUGCAAGUAUUAUCGGCCAUUUAUAUUCAGCCAUCUUAUCAUUCAUCGUUGUAUCAAGUAACGUUAAUUUUUACCACAGACAGAAGUAUCGUUUGUAGAGUUGAAAUCAUUUAGAAGAGAAACGACGGUGCGCAAUUGUGUCAGAUGCUUCAGAGCGACGAAUCGAUUAUUAUUUUUGAUUAGAACCGGCGAUCGAUCGGUCUGGUCGAGACACACACAAAAGAAAGAAAAAAAAGUAGGAAAAAGAAUGCCAAGUUUCCGAAACAAUAAACGACUCGUCGAGGAUCGAAGUUACACACGUCCAGUCGCAGUUUCUUUCUAAUUAGAGAUUUAUUGCGUUGUUGAUCGUGCUAAUUCUAUCUGACUUAAGCCUAUUUCCAUUGUUGAGGACACGCUAGUGACUGUUGCCGAGCCGAGAAGUCCGAUGUCUAAUUUAUAAAUGUGAUAGAAAAA